GCUCUAGCUGUCCGUCCUGCGUGCUUCUCGCUGUUGCUGCAGACUCAGGAGUGACUUGUAGCUGCUGUUUUGAGAUAAAUAACCAUGUCUCUGGAGGUGGAAUCCGCAGACGUGAUCCGUCUGAUUAUGCAGUAUUUAAAAGAGAACAAUCUUCACCGGACUCUCGCCACGCUGCAGGAGGAGACCACAGUAUCUCUGAACACAGUGGACAGUAUAGAAAGCUUUGUGGCAGACAUCAACAGUGGCCACUGGGAUACUGUCCUGCAGGCCAUCCAGUCCCUCAAGCUGCCGGAUAAGACUUUAAUAGACCUUUAUGAGCAGGUUGUCUUGGAGCUGAUUGAGUUGAGAGAGCUUGGAGCAGCCCGUUCACUCCUCAGACAGACAGAUCCCAUGAUUAUGCUGAAACAGACGCAGCCAGAGAGAUACAUCCACCUGGAGAACCUGCUGGCUCGCUCGUACUUCGAUCCCAGAGAGGCGUACCCAGACGGCAGCAGUAAGGAGAAGCGUCGGGCAGCCAUUGCUCAGGCGCUGGCAGGAGAGGUCAGUGUGGUGCCGCCCUCUCGUCUCAUGGCUCUGCUGGGACAGUCUCUGAAGUGGCAGCAGCAUCAGGGUCUCCUGCCUCCUGGUAUGACCAUCGACUUGUUCAGAGGUAAAGCUGCUGUCAAAGACGUGGAGGAGGAGCGCUUCCCCACGCAGCUCAGCAGACACAUCAAGUUUGGACAGAAGUCUCACGUGGAGUGUUCCCGGUUCUCCCCUGAUGGUCAGUACCUGGUCACUGGCUCUGUGGACGGCUUCAUUGAAGUCUGGAACUUCACCACUGGCAAAAUCAGAAAGGAUCUGAAGUACCAGGCUCAGGAUAACUUCAUGAUGAUGGACGAUGCAGUGUUGUGUAUGUGCUUCAGUCGGGACACAGAGAUGUUGGCCACCGGAGCCCAGGAUGGAAAGAUCAAGGUGUGGAAGAUCCAGAGCGGUCAGUGUCUGAGGAGGUUUGAACGAGGCCACAGCAAAGGAGUUACAUGUCUCAGUUUCUGCAAGGACAGCAGCCAGCUCCUCAGCGCCUCCUUCGAUCAGACCAUCAGAAUCCACGGACUGAAGUCGGGUAAAACUCUGAAGGAGUUCCGUGGUCACUCUUCGUUUGUCAACGAGGCCGCUUUCACUCCAGAUGGCCAUCACAUCAUCAGCGCCUCCUCCGACGGAACAGUCAAGGUGUGGAACGUGAAGACUACGGAGUGCAGCAGCACCUUCAAACCUCUGGGGACGUCAGCCGGCACCGACAUCACAGUCAACAACGUCAUCCUGCUGCCCAAGAACCCAGAGCACUUUGUCGUGUGUAAUCGCUCCAACACGGUGGUCAUCAUGAACAUGCAGGGGCAGAUCGUGAGGAGCUUCAGCUCCGGUAAGAGGGAAGGUGGUGACUUUGUGUGCUGCACUCUGUCGCCCCGUGGCGAGUGGAUCUAUUGCGUGGGAGAAGACUUUGUGCUCUACUGCUUCAGUACAGUCACCGGCAAGCUGGAGAGAACGUUGACGGUACACGAGAAGGACGUGAUCGGCAUCGCCCACCACCCCCACCAGAACCUCAUCUCCACCUACAGCGAGGACGGCCUGCUGAAGCUCUGGAAGCCUUGAGGCAUCGCCCUGAGAGGACACUGGAUGUACUCGCUGAGCAGCUGCUCUCCUCACUCUGAACACUGCUCUGCCCACCUUGUUCUGCUUUAGUCAUUUCACAGCUCUGGUGAAUCCCUCCCAGCUCCACGUGGACCUAAAGGUCUAGAUUUAUGGGAACGCUGUCACUUUUACACAUUCAGCUGUUUGUUUUCAAUGACAGUGAGUGUUAUCAAUAAAAAAGUGCACUUGUUUUUUAAGCUGCUUUUUGAAUGAUUGAAAACAUUCAGCUGAAUGUUGACGGUAGUUUGGGGUGUUUGCACAGCAGAGCCUUAUUUCACGCAGCCUGUGAGAUUAACGUUCACAGAAAUCUCUUCUUAAUUAAUUGUCACUCAGUGUCUAAACUAAUAAAUUUUUUCAGUCUGUAAAAUGGUCUUCAGGUUGUCCAACACAGAACCCGAUUAGUGUGUCUUACAAAGCAGCAUUUGCUUUACUCUGUUUACAGCGGAGUGGGCGUCACGGUGAUCAAGCAGCAGCUCAAACUGUGAAGUGUGAAGUAGAUGCACUCGGAGGUUACAAAUGCUGCUUCUGUGUUUGACCAGAUGGGGAAAGAAGCCCUCUGCAGUCCUUCUGUGCACAAUUUCAGUGGCUGUUCAAAUAAAUCAGGUUCUGCUGCUCAACACCUGAGCUUCACACACACUCGGAGUGUUUUCCCAGAGAGACGGGGAGCUGUCAGAGGUUUGGGGUGAGGAGUGUAGAUACUAGAAUCAAUUCUUGUUUUGAAAAUUCCACCUCUUUGUAAAUAUAUUUUUUAAUAGCAUUUUUUUGUUUUUUUUUCCAGAAAGACCUGGUUAAAUAGUGUGUGUGCUUUUGUGUUUUGUUUUGUUUUUUUUUCACUCCAAAACACACGUCACCUGAAAUGACUCAAACAUGGUUGAUGUAGUCAUGAACAGCAGUUUUGUCAAGAGGCGACUCACAGUGACCGAUGACACUGUCACAUAAACCGUUUACCUUUUAUAAUAAGUCAUCUUCCUAUCAGGUAUAUUUCUCCACAUUCUGCAAGUACGUCUUUUGCAAUCAGACUGAAAUGUUUAUUUUUGUCUUUAAUAUUAUUUUUUCAUGCAUAUGAACGUGAUAGCACCAAUUUUAGAAACUUCUCCCUGAUCUUAUGUGCAUGAAUUUAAAAAUAAUUCACACAAAUCUGAUGUCAACCUUCUGGAUGUACCCAUGUGCCGUUUGUUUGUGCCAUUAAAGCUGUUUAACCAGAACA